CAAUUUCAUCACAAAAACACCAAAAAAAUUAAAGUAGAAAUUAAAAACAAAAAUAAGGAAAGUUAAAAAUACGUUGAAAACAAAUUUCUAUAAACAAUAAACUAACAACAAGUUUCUCUUAUCAAUUAAUAAACAUAAAAAAUCAAUAAUCAUGCCAGCCAGGAGAAAAGCUAGUGGUCUCCAAAGCCCCCAAUCCGAUGACACUGAUAAAGACACAGAAGCCUAUCAAUUGAAAAGAAAACGAAACAACGACGCCGUAAAGAAAACCCGUGAAAAAUCUAAACAAACUGCCCAAGUACGUAAAGAUAAUGUCAACAAUUUACGUAUAAAGAACAAGGAGUUGGAAGCCACUAUCGUUGAGGUUAAAUCUAAUAUUGAAUAUUUAAAAAAUGCACUUUUGCACAAAGUCGAUUCAUCUAAACAUAGUGAAGUUAUUCAACAGAUACUUGAACAGGAUUCAGACGAAGAAGAGAAUAAAGAUAUUGCACCAGUGUAAAAACGUUAGAAUAAAACAAACUUACUGAAAUUGACGAAUAAGAAGAAACAUUUAUAAUUUAAGAUGUAAAAUUAUAACAAUUACUAAAAUUUAUUAAAUAUUUUUAUUAACUAGAUCGUCGUUUUUAUAAUUUAUAUGUCAUUCUCGACCAAAUACAGAAAUAGACAACAAUUAAUUUGACUUAACUGCAACAAUAAACUCUGAGAUUUUUUUAUUCUUA